ACACGAUUCUUGAAAAAGAAAAAAAAAAACAUUAAUCUAGAAACAAGAAAUAAUGACAAAUGAAUGCAUCAAGAAAUAAUAAUAACAUAUGACAAUCAAUGAUAGCGAGUUUCAAACCAGCGAAUUUGACCCUCCCUCUGGUCUUAUUAUUACAAAACCGCGUUUCGUCUCCUCAACACGCAUUUGCCUCUUUGAACCUUCCGUGUCUUCGUCUCCUUCUUCUUCUACAUUCGUUUCCUCUCUCCUCUGUCUCUGCAACAAAAGCCAGAAACCCUCCUCCGACAUUUUCAAGAACCAGACCCUAACAGUUUUCCGAAACCCUUCCAAGAUUUUCUCAGUAGUUUUUAUCAGAAACAAGACAGGGAUUGAAACUGAUCACUUCUCUUCUGAUGAUGUCUGGUUUCGGACUAGUUUCGAGGAUCAUAAUCUUGUUUCUAGUCUCUGCAUCCUUCUUCUCCGUCGAAUCCAUUCGAUUACUCCCAAAAGGAAGAUCAUUCGACGCCUCUGCAGAGUUUAUAGAGGCCCCUGCAUAUCAGAACGGACCAGAAUGCUCUGUUUUGGCCAAGAACAGGCUAUUAUUGUCCUGUGAUCCUUCAGCUGUUCAUAUUGCAAUGACCCUCGACCCGGCUUACUUGCGAGGCACUGUAUCUGCUGUUCAUUCCAUCCUCAAGCACACAUCUUGUCCGGAGAACAUCUUCUUCCACUUCAUAGCUUCCGAUUCGAGUUUCCAAGAUCCAGGCAAUAGUUUUCUCUCUCAUACCCUUUCCUUCGUCUUCCCGUCUCUGAGUUUCAAAGUCUACUCCUUUGACGAGACUCGUGUGAAGAAUCUCAUCUCUUCGUCUAUAAGACAAGCUCUUGACAAUCCUCUGAACUAUGCGAGGAGCUACUUGGCUGAUAUUCUCUUGCCUUGCGUCCAACGUGUGAUAUAUCUGGAUUCAGAUGUGAUCGUUGUGGAUGACAUCCAGAAACUAUGGAAGAUUUCGCUAUCUGGGUCAAGAACAAUCGGAGCACCUGAGUACUGCCAUGCGAACUUCACCAAGUACUUCUCAGGUCGUUUCUGGACCGUCCGGGAGCUUUCUAGCACCUUUUCUGGGAAAAACCCAUGUUAUUUCAACACUGGAGUCAUGGUGAUCGAUCUGGAGAGAUGGAGAGAGGGUGAUUACAGCAGAAAGAUCGAGAAUUGGAUGAAGAUUCAGAAGGAGAAGAGAAUCUACGAACUGGGAUCGUUGCCUCCAUUCUUGCUGGUGUUUGCAGGAGAGAUAGAACCCAUCGACCACAGGUGGAACCAGCACGGUCUAGGUGGUGAUAACGUAGUGAGCAGUUGCCGGUCACUACACCCUGGUCCGGUCAGUUUGAUUCAUUGGAGUGGGAAAGGGAAGCCAUGGGUACGGAUCGAUAAAGGCAGGCCAUGCCCUAUUGACUAUCUAUGGGCGCCUUAUGAUCUUCACAAGUCACAGAGGCAGUACCUGCAACACAAUCAAGAACCAGAAAUUCUUUGAUUCAUUUUUUGUUUCCUUUCACAUUGAUGCUUCAAGAUUCAUGGAUUCUUUUUUGGUUAGUAGAGAGAGUUUGUACAUAAAACCGAAACACAAUGAAGAUUCAUUCGUUUUUCUAAGCUGUUCUUGUACACAGUACCAAUCCUUCAAUAAACUGAGCUAAGCAUUAUACAGUUUGAGCCCUGGGUUU